CCACCCCACAGGGCUGUCAGUAACCCACCUCCCGGGAGGCCCAGUGAAGGCCAGGCUGGCAGUCUUCUUCCUGCAGGGAACCAGCCCCUCUCCCCAGUCACCUGGGGGCAAAUGAGAAGGGGAGGGGCAAGCAAGGGGCCUCCUGUUCCUGUGGUGAGGGUGGGUGAGGAAGUCCAGGAACCACAGUCCAGCUGCAGCCCAAGCCCUGGAAGCCAAAGACUGGGGCCCAGCCAGAGGCCACUUGGGCACGAAGAAGGGCUGCAGCAGCCGGAGCUAAGAAUGGCCUCUAGAAAGGGGCCGUGCCAGCCACUCUCUCAAACGUGGUCUGUGGGGAUCGGGUGGGGCCCCUCCUGGAUGCCCCUUGGGGGCUGGUGGGCCCAGCCUUGUAUUUGGACAUUAAAGGCAAAGGAAACGCCAGCCAGUCAAACCACCUCUGCCAUUCUUCCUCUUCUGGGAGUGGCUGGAGUUGAAGGCAGUGCUCGUGUUCAUGGCCCUUUCGCUACGUCUGAUUUGUUGCAGAUCCAACAGCAUCUGGGAUCUUCCUCUGAAAAUCCCUCUCAUUAUCACAAGGAAUUCCUGCACAUUACUCAGUCCUUUAAUUUAACGUGGCAUGACAUUUAUAUCAUUCUAACCUCCACCCUCACUCCUGAUGAAAAGGGCGCCCCUGGCGUUCAGCUGAAACCCACACAGAUGAACUCCAUAAUCAAGCCCCUGUACAAAAUCCAGUGGCCAAUGAUGCAGUUCCCCACAGAGACCCAGACUGGAUUUACCAUCAGGGAGACAGUGGCAGCAGUCUGGAUUGACAGAGCAGGAGCAUCAUCAUCUUAGACAAGCAUCACCCCUGUGAGUUCUACUUGAUUCAAAACUGCCUAAAUCCAGCCCCAAAACAUCAGCCUAAUGGCUAAUGUCA